GAAAAGCGAGCCGGUGGUUUGGGGUCGCGCAGUCUAAAUCAGCCAAGACGAACGUGAAUAUUCUUCACCAAGAGGAGUUGAUAGCGCAAAAAAAGAGAGAAAUUGAGGCCAGGUUGGAGCAGCAAGCGAGGCAGAAUUACCUGAGCAUACAACAGCUACCUCUGUUUGGAGAAGAUGACGGUACUGACAAUGAAGCCUGUGUUUCCAACAAGUUUGUUAAUGAUGGCAGUUUCCUCCAGCAGUUUCUCAAGCUGCAGAAGGAAAAGUCAAGUACUGAACCUCCCCCAAGUUCUACUAGUAACUCGGCAAACACUUCUGCAUCAAAUGUUGGGAAGAAACCUAUGCUGUUUGGGAAGCGCCCUGGUCAGGUCCUGAGCAGUAUGCUGCACCAAGCGAAGAACUACUCCCAUUCCAAACAGACCCCAGUCGUUAACCGCCUCAGUGUGUUUCAGUCGCCAGAUGAAGAUGAGGAGGAAGAUUAUGAGCAGUGGUUGGAAAUUAAAGUUUUACCCCCAGAGGAUGCGGAGACCCGACAAGUGGUGGAAAAGCUGGCUAGGUUCGUGGCUGAAGGGGGACCAGAAUUAGAGAAGGUCGCUAUGGAAGACUACAAGGAUAACCCAGCUUUUUCGUUUUUGCAUGAUAAGAACAGCAGAGAAUUCCUUUACUACAGAAAGAAAGUGGCAGAGAUAAGAAAAGAGAAUCAAAGUUCUCACGCAUCCUCUUCUCAGAAAGACGACGAAGAGACAAAGAACUCUGCUGAGAAACUGGCCAGGUUCAUAGCAGACGGGGGUCCCGAGGUGGAAGCUAUUGCCUUGCAGAACAACCGAGAGAACCAUGCUUUCAGGUUUUUAUAUGAGCCAAACAGCAAAGGCUACAAGUAUUACCGGCAGAAACUGGAGGAGUUCCGUAGGGCCAAAACCAGCACUGUGUGUGCCCCCUUGCCUGGAGAGUCCAGUCUGAAAAGGAAGACCAGUCCCGAGGCAUCACCAUCACCUUUGUGCUUACCAUCUUUGCCCUUGCCUGUGCCCUCACCUUUACCUUUGCCCUUACCUUUGCCCUUGCCUGUUCCCUCACCUUUGCCCAUGCCCAUGUCCUUGCCCGUGCCCUCGCCUUUGCCCUUGCCCGUUCCUUUGCCCUUGCCCUCACCUUCACCGUCAUCCUCUACAACUCCACCUGAUCAGACAGCUACAACUGCUGCUGCAACAACAACUACAGCUGCUGCUACAGGCACUACUAAAAAGAAGCGGAAGAGCAGGUGGGGGCCCGAGGAGGACAAGGUUGAAUUACCGCUCCCACAGCUCGUCCAACAGCUGGAUUCUCCCUCCCCUCUUUCAGUUCAGGACCUCAAGGGUCUUGGUUAUGAAAAAGGGAAACCGGUUGGUUUGGUGGGUGUGACGGAACUCUCUGAAGCCCAGAAGAAACAGCUGAAGGAGCAGCAGGAGAUGCAGCAGAUGUACGAUAUGAUCAUGAAGCACAAGCGAGCCAUGCAGGAGAUGCAGAUGAUGUGGGAAAAGGCAAUUCAGCAGCACCAACAUGGCUAUGACAGCGACGAAGAGGUGGACAGUGAGCUGGGAACGUGGGAGCACCAGCUUCGACGCAUGGAGAUGGACAAGACGCGAGAGUGGGCUGAGCAGCUGACCCAGAUGGGCAGAGGGAAACAUUUCAUCGGAGACUUUCUUCCACCUGACGAGCUGGAGAAAUUCAUGGAGACGUUCAAGGCACUGAAGGAAGGACGUGAGCCAGAUUAUUCUGAAUACAAAGAGUUCAAACUGACUGUGGAAAACAUAGGUUAUCAAAUGCUAAUGAAGAUGGGCUGGAAGGAAGGCGAGGGACUUGGCUCGGAUGGACAGGGGAUUAAAAACCCAGUCAGCAAGGGAACUACUGCUGUGGAUGGAGCUGGUUUUGGCAUCGAUCGUCCCGCUGAGCUAACCAAGGAGGAUGAUGAGUACGAAGCAUUCCGUAAACGAAUGAUGCUCGCCUACCGCUUCCGACCAAAUCCAUUGAACAAUCCACGACGACCUUACUACUGAGAAUGUUUUUGGGACAAUGUAUUUUCAAAACAGUUGUAAUUUUACUGUGAAAUGUUAUGAAA